GAGCCGCAGCCCCUAGAAGUCAGCCCCGCGGGCAGAGCGCGGCACCGCGUGACCUGCAGCCACAUGACCCACGCGGGGCGGGGCCGCCAGCGCAGUCGCUGCAUCAGCCGCGGGAAGCGUCCGCGACAAGAUGAAGCUCAUCAUCCUGGACCACUAUUCUCAGGCCAGUGAGUGGGCAGCCAAAUACAUCAGGAACCGCAUCAUCCAGUUUAACCCAGGGCCAGACAAGUACUUCACCCUGGGGCUCCCUACUGGGAGCACCCCACUUGGCUGCUACAAGAAGCUGAUUGAAUACUACAAGAAUGGAGACCUGUCCUUCAAAUAUGUGAAGACUUUCAACAUGGACGAGUAUGUGGGCCUUCGUCGAGACCACCCGGAGAGCUACCACUCCUUCAUGUGGAACAACUUCUUCAAGCACAUUGACAUCCACCCAGAAAACACCCACAUUCUGGAUGGGAAUGCAGCUGACCUUCAGGCUGAGUGUGAUGCCUUUGAGGAGAAGAUCAAGGCUGCGGGUGGGAUUGAGCUGUUUGUCGGAGGCAUUGGCCCUGACGGACACAUCGCCUUCAACGAGCCGGGAUCCAGUCUGGUGUCCAGGACCCGUGUGAAGACGCUGGCCAUGGACACCAUCCUGGCCAAUGCUAGGUUCUUUGAUGGAGAUCUCGCCAAGGUGCCCACCAUGGCCCUGACGGUGGGUGUGGGCACUGUCAUGGAUGCUAGAGAGGUGAUGAUCCUCAUCACGGGUGCUCACAAGGCGUUUGCUCUAUACAAGGCCAUCGAGGAGGGAGUGAACCACAUGUGGACCGUGUCUGCCUUCCAGCAGCAUCCCCGCACGGUGUUUGUGUGCGACGAGGAUGCCACCCUGGAGUUGAAAGUGAAGACCGUCAAGUAUUUCAAAGGUUUAAUGCUUGUUCAUAACAAGUUGGUGGAUCCCUUGUACAGUAUCAAAGAGAAAGAAACAGAGAAAAGCCAGUCUUCUAAGAAACCAUACAGUGAUUAGCCUGUGCUAAUCCUAGUGCCAAGUACCUCAUUGGGACAGGCAGGUCUUUCUGGAAAUUGUCUUUAGGAGGACAGAAUUGUAUUUCUUUAAUCUAGUACGGUUACCCCAGAUAAGUGGGUGAACUUAUUAUUCUUGGCUAUGCAGCGUGGAGUCCAGUCAUGGAGUUUAGCUACUUGGUUGUAACUUACUGUUAAUCAGAAAAAAAAAAAAAAAUCACUCCAUAAUUUUGAUGUUGGCCCGACUAGGGGUUUUUAACUUUUUGCUCUGUCUCUGACACUGUUCACGUGUACAAUACACUCCUGCUAGUAAGUUCUAUCAUUAUGUGCACUGAUUCUCAAUUGGGAGGGAGUUAGGGGCUUAUGUAUAUGGGACAAAACCUCUUUGGAGAGUCCUGAGAGCCCCUCUUGAGCAGGCCUGCCCCUUAUUUGGGAAACACUGUUUUAGAUUAAGGAACAAACACUCUUAAUGUCUAGAACCAGUAUAAGGAAGCGGUCCCUCUGGUCAGUAACAAGUGCCAUGGGAAGGAAACUAUCCCUUACUUUCUUUCCCCAGUUUUUACUGCUCUUUCAGUUGGCCUUUCUGUGAACUCAGAGGACUCCUUGAGGGAGGAUUUGGGUGGGUAGGACUAAGAAGAAGGCUUUUGCUGAUAAACUCAGAGCCUCAAGGGGCCCAGCUACGUCAAACUCCCCUCCAUCAGGGACCUUCCAGCACCAGGAGGAAGGCGGAAACGCUUUUCCCACCAGAGCCCUGUGUUUUGUUCCAAGGUCUCACUGUGGCACCUCUCAUACGUGCUCUUUCAUAAGUCCACAGGGCCAGCAGAUACUGUCAAGUUCAGCGUUGUGUUCAGUCAAGGUGAUGGAGCCAGGGCAAGCAGCUUAGUUGAGUUAGAAACAACACACGAGUGACAUGUUCUACAUCCCUAAGAGCUGAGUGCCAAGAAACAUACCAACUGUUUCUAAAGUUGCCUAAUGUCCUUUCCCCACUGAAAAUACCCUGCCCUUCUAACCCUCCCAGGUUCGUGUGGCAUGGUCUGAUGUUCCCAGAACAUCAGGAAAUACAGUGCUUUUGCUCCUUUAUCCUUCACCCCUUGUUCACAAGCUGUCCACUGCUCUGCCUUCUUUUACUCCUCUGCCUUGAUGGUUUGGAUGCUGCCUCCUCCUCCCUAUCUCUGUGCCCAUUUGAAGCUGCUGCUGCCUCUAUUUCUGGGAAAGACCUUUCGGAGCCUGGCUCAGGCCUCUCUUUAAGUGCUGUGUUUGGUACCAGCAUUUCACCUUUAGCUUUUAUACGUGAUUAUGCUGUCAUUCUGUCUUAAGCUAAUGGAUCAAUGGACUUGUUUACAAUAUUUUCUAUUAAAUCCAGUAUUUUCAAGUAA